CGGACCGCGGAGACUUCCGGAAGGCCUAGGAGUCAUGGGUGAGGCCUGACAGAACGACGGCGUUGAUUUAAAAGCGAAAGGAAAACAAAAGUUAACAACAAUAAACAACAACAAAACAAUCGAGCAGUGUGACGGACAAGAAUAACACGACGGGAGCGGAGAAUGGCGCGCGAUUCCAGACACCACCGCAAACGUUCUCGGUCUUCGUCGCGCGGGAGAUCGCCAGCCGAGAAGCGCUCCAAGGCCGCCGAGAGCCGUGACAAGAAACGCGAGCGGGAACGUGACCGCCGGCGCACGGAGACCCAGCGCACGAGGCGUUCAAGCAGGGAGCGACGGCGCUCACACAGCCGAGAGCGCCGCUCCCGUCGCUCCCGCUCGAGGGAGCGCAAACGCUCCCGCACACGCAGCCGCAGCAAGGAACGCAAGCGUUCCAAGUCCAAAGAAAAGAAGGAGAAACCUGAACCAGAAGAAAAGGAGAAGCCUAAAGAAGAAGAGAAGGAUGCUGCCAGCUUUGAGCAGGGCAAGCUGGAAGUGGAGAUGAGGAAGAGGAAGGAACGCAUUGAAAAAUGGCGUGAAGAGCAGAAGAAGAAGGCGCACAUCAACAUUGGCGACAUCAAGACGCAGGUGGAGCUCAUGUCCAAACAGCGGAAGAAGUGGAGCCUGGAGGAUGAUGACGAGGACGAUGAUGAGGGCGAGGGUGAGGAUGAGGAUGAGGAUUCUGCCGACAAGGAGGAGGGUGACGAUGAAGAGCCAAAAUUGAAGGUGGAGGAGAAGGAGGAGAUGGUGCAAGAGGUGGUGGUGCCGGUGCCGGAGCCGGCCAAGCCCGAGCAGCACAUGGCCAUUGUUCAGGGUGUCGUCGACGAUGAUGACGACGAUGGCGUGGACCCCCUGGACGCUUUCAUGGAGGGCAUCAAGGAGGAGGUGAAGAAGUUCAACAUGGGCGACGCAAAGACGGGCGAGAAGCUAUUUGGACAUUUAGCUUUGGGGUUAAAUAACGCUCAUUAUUGGUGCCAACAGAAGGCGGGCUCCUCGGUUACGAAGGUGGUCACGGUGGUCACCAAAAAGCAGUCGGAGGUAGAGAAGCCCAAAGGGGAGCUGAUGGAGAAUGACCAGGAUGCCAUGGAGUACUCAUCCGAAGAGGAGGACUCGGACCUGGCCACGGCGCUUACCGGAUACAACCAGAACAAGCAGCGCAAGAUGGUGGAGGUGGUGGACCACUCCAAGAUUGCCUACGAGCCCUUCCGCCGAAACUUCUACGUCGAGGUUCCCGAGCUGGCCAAGAUGACAGCAGAAGAGGUGAGCGCUUACAGGCUGGAGAUGGAAGGCGUCAUGGUGAAGGGCAAGGGUUGCCCCAAACCAAUAAAGACCUGGGUGCAGUGUGGCAUCUCCAUGAAGAUUCUCAACACCCUCAAGAAGCAAAACUACGAGAAGCCCACACCCAUCCAGGCACAAGCCAUUCCGGCCAUCAUGUCUGGCCGCGACCUCAUAGGCAUUGCCAAGACGGGCAGCGGAAAGACCAUCGGCUUCCUGCUGCCCAUGUUCCGGCACGUCAUGGACCAGCGGCCUCUGGAGGAAGGGGAGGGGCCCAUCGGCGUGAUCAUGACGCCAACGCGCGAGCUGGCUCUGCAGAUCGCCAAGGAGUGCAGGAAGUUCACCAAGCAGUUGGCGCUGCGUGUGGUGUGCGUGUACGGUGGCACUGGCAUCAGUGAACAGAUCGCUGAAUUGAAGAGGGGUGCAGAAAUCAUCGUGUGCACGCCCGGCCGAAUGAUCGACAUGCUGGCUGCAAACAGCGGGCGGGUGACUAACUUCAGGAGGGCCACAUACAUGGUUCUUGACGAGGCCGACCGCAUGUUCGACAUGGGCUUCGAGCCACAGGUAAUGCGAAUCAUCGAGACGUCGAGGCCGGACCGGCAGACGGUGAUGUUCUCGGCCACGUUUCCGCGUGCCAUGGAGGCGCUCGCUCGCCGCAUCCUCAACAAGCCCGUCGAGGUGCAGGUCGGAGGUCGCUCUGUCGUCUGCUCCGACGUCGAGCAGCACGUGAUCGUGAUCGAGGAGGACACCAAGUUCUACAAGCUGCUGGAGCUGCUGGGCCUGUACCAGGAGAAGGGGGCUGUCAUCGUGUUUGUGGAUAAGCAGGAGCACGCCGACACAUUGCUCAAGGACCUCAUGAAGGCGUCCUACCCUUGCUUGUCACUGCAUGGAGGCAUCGACCAGUACGACCGCGACAGCAUCAUCAACGACUUCAAGUCGGGCGUGUGCCGCCUGAUGGUUGCCACGUCGGUGGCGGCGCGGGGCCUUGACGUCAAGCAUCUGAUCAUGGUGGUCAACUACGACUGCCCCAACCACUACGAGGACUACGUGCACCGCGUGGGCCGCACGGGCCGCGCUGGCAACAAGGGAUACUCGUACACGUUCAUCACGAGUGAGCAGGAGCGAUACUCGGGGGACAUCAUCAAAGCCCUGGAGCUGUCCGGCACGCCCCUCCCGCCCGACCUCGAGAGGCUUUGGACCGAAUUCAGGGAGAAGCAGAAGGCCGAGGGCAAAACGAUGAGGAAGAGCAGCGGCUUCUCGGGCAAGGGCUUCAAGUUUGACGAGACGGAGCACUCGCUCGUCAACGAGCGCAAGAAGCUGCAGAAGGUGGCGCUGGGGAUGCACGACUCGGACGAGGAGGAGGGGUCCGGAGACAUCGACCAGCAGAUCGAGAACAUGUUCCGCUCGAAGAAGAUCGUGAAGGACGUGAAUGCGCACGGAGCUUCCUCCACCGGCAUAAUGAUGCCAUCCGGGAGCAACGCUCAGAAGCUGGAGAUCGCCAAGAGGCUCGCGUCCAAGAUCAACUCUCAGCGCAACCUAGGCACAGAGGCCAUGGACGUGAUCCAGCAGGCGACCAACAGCAUCAUGCGAGGCGGCACCAUGAACGUGCCCUUGGUGUCGGCCAAGUCGAUCGCUGAGCAGCUGGCAGAGAAGAUCAACGCCAAGCUCAACUACGUGCCCGCCGAGAAGCUGCUAGAGGAGGAGCGCGUGGAGCAGGAGAAGCAGGCGGACAAGGUGCGGCGCUACGAGGAGGAGCUCGAGAUCAACGACUUCCCGCAGACGGCUCGCUGGAAGGUGACCUCAAAGGAGGCGUUGGCACAGAUCAGCGAAUACUCGGAGGCCGCCAUCACAAUCCGUGGCUCCUACUUCGCUCCGGGCAAAGAGCCGACUGACGGAGAACGCAAGAUCUACCUGGCCAUUGAGAGCACCAGCGAGUUGUCUGUGCAGAAAGCCAAGGCUGAGGUCACUCGUCUCAUCAAGGAUGAGCUCAUCAGGCUGCAAAACUCGUACCAGCCGAUCAACAAGUCACGCUACAAGGUUCUGUGAGCCGAGCAGAGAAACCGACGUUGGGCCAAGCUGGUGCCGGUUUUUCAGUGGAAGGUGGCGCAUGCGGGGACCCUGCGACGCUCUCACGUCGCGUUCGCGCCUGCGGGAUUUUAUAUAUCGUUCUGUGCAGACGGGCUCGUCAAAUGGGUGUCUCUGCAGUCCGUCGGAUGUUCGUUCGCCCUGGGCAAUUUUGGUCGACGUUCUUUUUAGUUUUAUUCAUUUGUGGAGAAUCCAUCCAUCGGCACGCUUCUCUUGCCGUUUAUCUCGUACAAGUAGCUGGAAUUUCAUCACAUGGUAAAUUGCUUCAAAAAUAUGUUGUAUCACGUGUCAAAUAAAGGUUUUUUUUCAAUCUUG